UCAGUGGUUCAGCUGUUGGAGCCGCCUCCCGAAGUGGAACACGUGGGUUGUUGUCCGUGGUUGUUGAGUUCAGCGUGGAUUGUAUUGUUACAGUGGAAGGGUCACUUUCUCGGCAUAGACCAAGCAAAUUCACAUUGUUUAAGCGUUUGCAAUGACUCUGGAGGCGAUUAGGUACCGCGACGGCUCCUUGCAGGUCCUCAACCAGCUUUUGCUACCCCAUCAGAGCGUGUUUGAGAACAUCAAGACGGUGCAAGAUGGAUGGGAAGCGAUCAGAUCCAUGAAGGUGCGUGGCGCCCCUGCCAUUGCGAUCGUGGGCUGCCUGAGCCUGGCCGUGGAGCUGCAGGGUGGGCCGCAGCGCGAGGGGGAGGAGCUUGUGGCGUUCGUGCGCGAGUCAUUGGAACACCUGGUGACUGCCCGCCCCACGGCCGUCAACCUGGGCAAGGCAGCGGCGGAGCUGAUGGAGUACGCUGAACAGCGGGGCCAGGAGCCUGAGUGCACUGCUGAGAGACUGCAGGAGAGUGUGAUUGGCUGGAUCGAGGCCAUGCUGGAGCGGGAUGUCAGCGAUAACAGGAAGAUUGGGAAUUUUGGGGCGCAGCACAUCCUGUCGGGGGUGAGCAAGGAGCAGGUAACCAUCCUGACGCACUGCAACACGGGGUCCCUGGCGACUGCAGGGUACGGGACUGCGCUGGGCGUGGUGCGGUCUCUUCAUGCUAUGGGACGGCUGGCUCACGUGUUCUGCACAGAGACCCGCCCCUAUAACCAGGGCUCCAGACUCACUGCGUACGAGCUUGUGUUUGAGAAGAUCCCCUCCACCCUUAUCGCAGACAGCAUGGCCUCCAUCGCCAUGAGAGAGAAGGGCAUCUCCGCGGUGGUGGUUGGGGCGGACCGGGUGGUUGCUAACGGCGACACGGCUAACAAGGUGGGCACGUACCAGCUGGCAAUCGUGGCGAAGCACCACGGCAUCCCGUUCUACGUGGCGGCGCCCAGCACGUCAUGUGACCUGAGCAAGGAGAGCGGCAGGGAGAUCAUCAUCGAGGAGAGGCCGGCACAGGAGCUGAGCGACAUCAAUGGGGAGCGGAUAGCAGCGCCAGAUAUUAACGUGUGGAACCCUGCCUUCGAUGUGACCCCUCACGACCUCAUUACUGGCGGAAUCAUCACAGAGCUGGGCGUGUUCCUGCCCUCGGAGCUGCAGGCUGCCCUGACAGGGAGGCUCACUGCGCUGUAGUGACACCUAGGGGACCGGAGAGGCAGCGUGAGACAGAUGCAUUACCAGCAAUGAGCCAUCCGAUUGCGACUAGGGCAGUCAGUUAUACAGGACGUGUACAGCAGGAAGGUCAGUUAGACUCACAUUGCUUUGCAGUUCCAUCCGUUCCUGUUUUUACUACGAGUUUAAUCAAACAAGCCUGGGCUUGUUACCUGUAAACUGUGGCUAGUCAAGCUAGUAGUAAAACAUGGAAUGGGUGAAACUGCAUUGCAAUAGGAGUCUUGUAUUGGCACACUACACCUAAUAUGAGAUCAUUCAAGAUCACGUGAAAUACAAGCACUUAGUGAACAUUAGCCACUACAAAAACCAAAAUACACAGUUUCUCGUAGUUUAACAAUCUUUAUCAAAAACAAAAGCACUUAAGCAUUUUCAGAUAUUUGUUCAUGACAAAAGUAUUGGCACCUUUACAUCUAAAAAGUCUGUAAAAAUGUAGUAGAACUAAUUGAAAAAUAUAUGAAUUGAUUGGAAACCAUUACACAUUAAUUAAGCUGCAUUAUAAUGUCAAUAGCCAGAAAAAGAGGUAAUUAUUUCCAAUAUCUUGGCAACACAGCAGGUCAUGGUCAAGACAAAAGAGUUGGACUGACGUUUGAGAAAAGCACUCGUGUCAGACUACAACAAAGGAAAUAGCUACAGAACAGCAUCAAAGAAAUAUGGAAUACCGCAAUCCACAAUCAGAGCAAUAAUCAAGAAGCACCACAGAACAAAUUCUACUGAAACAUUUGAAAGAAGUAGCCGUCCAAAAGAAAUUUACAGAUACAGCAGGUGGAGAAUCAUCUGAACAGCUAAAAAAAAAGAUCCAAGAUUAACAGCCAAGGACUUAAAGAAAAGUUUAGAAGCAUCACAGAAGAGCUGUACGCACGCAGACCUCGCUGCAAACCACUUUGAAAGAAAAUUCAGAAAACAAACAUCUAAAAUUUGGCAAGAAAUAUGAACAGCAUUCUU